AUGAACAGGUUCGAUGGCCGCACCAUUCGCGUCGACAAGGCCUCUGAUCGCUCUGGCGGCGGCGGUGGCGGCGGACGCGGCGGCUACGGAGGAGGACGCGGUGGAUACGGCGGCGGUGGCUACGGAGGCGGAGGCGGUAGCUAUGGCGGUGGACGUGGUGGCUACGGCGGCGGCGGCGGUGCCUCCUGGGGACAGGGCGGUGGCGGCGGCGGCGGAUACCAACCCCGUGGUGGCUACGGUCAGGGUCAAGGCCAGGGCGGCUACGAAGGUCAGGGCGGCCAGAACGGCGGCGGCCAGUGGUAG